GAGAGCAUCAUCCCAAUCGACAGCGUGUUUAAAAUUUUAGUGAUAUAUGAACUAGUUCAUUGGUAUUACGCGGAGUCGGAUAUAUUGUUUUCGGAGCAAUAUCGGUUACGGGAUUUUCAGAAUAAUAUUAUGCUCCUUCUAAAAAAGUUGACUGCCAUCUGUUGUGGCCUCAUGGAUACUAGUAUCAAAGUGUUCGCAAUUGUGGUUUCUUCGAAAGUGCAAACGUGUAUGUAGUGUUCUUUCCAGUUUUUGUUUUGGAUUUUUGGAAUUUUGAAAAGUGACCAACUUCGCCAAAAAGUGAAAGACCCCAUUAAAUAUCUAGUGUGCUACGAUUUCGGCAGUUAUCUUCCAUCCAAGAUCGCAAAUCUGCGCUGCUCGAACCUAAGCUGUCCUAAUUAAGUACGUAAAGUGAAGAAAACGCCGAAAUGAAGGAAUUCUUGGCCUUGUGGAAUAGGCUUGUUGGGACCACCUACGAUGCAGUGAACACGAACCGAGCUGUUCCAGAACAUAGGAAGGCCAGGGAAUGCUUCCAGGAAUAUCCUGUGGAACCUUCUUGCAGUGGAGCCAGGAAAUACAGAACCUCGAUUAUCAUAGCCAUACUAGGAAUAUCAGGAAUGUUGCUGGGAACAGCCAUACAAGUUGUCAAUCCAUAUGAUAUGAUUUUCAGAUGGAAACUCAUCUUUGAAAAAGGAGGAGAAAUAUACGAACUGUGGAGAGCACCGCCAGUUGAAUUAUAUUUGAAGGUUUAUCUCUGGAACGUCACCAACAAAGAUGAGUACAUGAGUGGACGACAUGACAAGUUGAAAGUUGAAGAGGUUGGGCCCUAUGUAUACAGGGAACUUUUGACUCACGAAAACGUUACUUUCAACGAAAAUGGCACUCUGACAGCAGUACCAAAACAUCCGCUCAUUUGGGUACCAGAAUUGUCCAAUGGCAGAAGAGAAGAUGAUCUGGUCAUUUUACCCAAUAUUGCUCUAUUGAGCAUCGCAGACGUAGUAUCUGACCAAUCGUACUUCACCAGAUUAGGCCUGAAUCUUCUCAUCAGACAGACUGAAUCCCUACCGUUGGUCCAGAUGACUGCUAGAGAAUUUAUGUUCGGAUACAGCAGUACCCUCAUGACGCUAGGAAACAAGUUCCUACCCAACUGGAUCACUUUCGAAAAGUUGGGACUAAUCGACAGGAUGUACGACUUUGACGGUGACUACGAGACGGUGUACAACGGUCAGAAACUCGGCUUAGAGAACAUCGGCCUGAUCGAGAAAUACCGAGGAUCCACGAAGAUCCCCCAGUGGGACAGCCCAUGCGGGGACAUCAGCGGUUCGUCGGACGGUACCAAAUUCGCCGGCUACAUCCAGCCCAACGAUACGCUGAUGUUCUUCAGGAAGAGCAUGUGCAGGGCCAAAAAACUGGUCAAAGUGAACGAAACGAUCGCCAACGGCCUCAAAGCAUACGUGUACCAUUUCGACCCCGAAGCAGAUGACAACGGCCACACCAACGAGCGCAACCGCUGCUUCUGCAAGCCAGACAGGCCAUGCCUGCCCCCGGGGCUGCUCGACGUCCGCGGCUGCUACUACGGCUUCCCCAUAGCGCUCAGCUACCCGCACUUCCUCGACGGCGGUCGGCAGUUGUCGGCCAAAGUCGAGGGUACGCGGCCCGAGCGAAGGAAGCACAUGUCCUACUUUGUUAUUCAACCGGAUUCAGGUUUGCCGAUAGAAUUGGCUGUGAGAUACCAGAUCAACAUGGCAUUGGGCGACAUAGCAACAAUCGCAAACUGUGAAAGAUUUGAUAACAUGAUCUUGCCUUUGCUGUGGACAGAAAUCAAACUAGACAAACUCCCCGACAGCCUGGGCGUUCGCUUCCGUCUGUACCUCAACAUCCUCCCGAUGCUGGAGAAAUACUGCGUCUACGGCCUCCUCAUCGGAGGCCUCCUCUUCCUCCUAGCCUCCACCUACAAGUUCAACCAGGUGCGGCGGAAAAGCGCCAAAAAGUACCCGUGGUCCGAAGGCGAUCUCAUGUUCAACGUGGACAGGAAGUUGAGCAACUACAUUCCCAGUGGGGGCGAUCGAUUGCCCAAAGAGAUGCGAGCUUAUCUGGACAAUGUGGUGGUGCCUCUGACGAGAGGCUGUCGCGAAGGGGCUUAAUUGGGGUUUUGAGAUUACCUUUUUGAAGUUCCUACGAUCGGUUCGAGAAUAUACUUCAUUCUGAGACAGUAUAGAGGGGCUAUAGUUACGAAUUCAACUGUCGGUAUACUGAAUCUGCUGAUUUUCCAUUCCGGAAUCAACAAAAUUCUCUGAGUGAUAGACCUCGAGAGCAGAGAUACACAGGGUAACUCACGGUCGAUGGUACGUUAGACGUUUAUGGAGAAUGGGACAUAGAAUCAUUCUGAAAUUUUGGUUACUCACGUAGUUGCUCUUGGUCUAUCGAUCUAAAAUAUUUUCAGCUCUGCGGCGUUGCCGCUUCUAUCGAAAAGUAGCAACAACUUUGUUAUUUUAAACAGAACACCCUGUAUUUUAUUGCAUUUUCAGAUUCUCUCUGAAGAGCUGAUUUCAUCGAUGUAUCACACUUGGGGUCUAGCGGAAAUGAUUACAGAGAUAUAGGGUGUGAAAAAUCGUCAUUUUUCAACUUUAGGAAUUUUUUUUGUCGAAACUAUUCAUUAUUGGUCAAAACGGCUUACAUGUCCCUAUCUCAACUUUUGAUUAACUAUCUACUGAUAUUUAAUUGGGACAUAUACCGGGUGAUCAAGAUUCUGAAUUCUGCGCGACCCUGUAUUAGCCGUAGAAAAUAGUAUAUUGUUUAACGAGCACGGAAUGAUAGUGAUUUCCCACGAGAAUUGAGUUUGCAGCAUAAGCAAUAUACGAAAGAAAGUUAUUGAAAUCAUAAGAUACUCAUACAGAGUGUUUCGAAAAAACCUGACCCCCUUGGUAGGGUGGGUAAAACACUGCAAAAUAAGUUGAGUUUGCUCAGUGAAAAAAUGUCGUAACGUGUCAUGUUUUCAAGAUACAAGGUGUUGUUUUUUACGAUUAUGUCGAAACUGCCGGAAUCAUUGUAAUGAAAUUCUGUAUGGAUUUGUUUGGGAUGAAUUUGUUUUCAUAUCUGACUGUUAUAGAGGGCGCUAUAGUUACAAAGUUCUUACCGAGUAGUUUUGAACCAACAUUUUUGAGGUUAGAUUUUUCAAUCCAAAUUAGAUGUGAACUUGAAAAUCAUUAAUUCAACAUCUUGAAGGUACCCUUGAUAAAACUCGAUAUUGUGUAGUGUUUUCGCAAUUUUUUGAUUCGAAAAUAAUGAAGUAAUAGCUGAUGCUGAUGAAAUUAAUUUUAUUGAGAUCAAUUACCUAUUUAAUCAGAUUCAAAAACAAUAACAUUAUUCUUGUGCUGCAGUUAUCGAUUGAACAAAGAAUCACAAGUAGGAAAUUGAGAAACAUUUUUCUAAAGACAUGAAAUAUUGAAUCAGUUAGAGUAAGUGUUCAAAAUAUCCCCCGUUUCCACGAAUACACAAGAAUUAAUCAUAAUCAUUCUUCUAAACGGUUGAGGAUCAGCUGUUAGGUCAUUUAAGUAAUAUUCAAUUCUGUCUUGCAACUUUUGACGUGAAUUUACCUUUGUAGCAUAGACUUUUUGCUCGAAAUACAACGAAACUGUGCAAUAAGUAUAAUCCAUUUUUUCAGUCUAAAUCAGUUUCGAUGUUAUUCUUGUGAUUCAUUAUUUAAUCAAUAAGUUUAGCAUUAGGAAUAUAUUGUUUUCGGUUCUCGAUAAAUAGGUGAUAGUUUUUCAUAAUACUUACUCUGAUGAAUAGCUUUAUAUUUAUCACUUCAUCAUUUUUUUUUCAAAUCGAAAUAUUCCGAAACGGAACACAGCAUCGAGUUUUACCAAGGGCACCUAUCCUAGCAAGGGGGUCAGGUUUUUUUGAAGCACCCUGUAUAUUAUGUCAUCAGUGUAGUGGCAUUACUAUAACACUGUCGACAGUUGAAUUCGGAGCGUUUCCACGGUGGUUUAUAGAAUGGAACACUAUGUAUAGGGUGGGUGAAAAUAUACUCCAGAACAAUGGAGUUGUCCAUGAAUUACUUGAUAGUGGGAGAAAAAAGAGUCACUUUUUCAUAAUGUCCUAAACCAUUUUGUUAACCUGGCAACAGCGCGAACGACGGAGAAGAAACGUCACGAAAAAAGUUAUGUUAGGUUAGAGAAAUGAAUUUAAUGAACUGAAAUAUCUAUUCAUUAUGAUUAUUUUUCACCAAUAAUUAUUGUUUCAAUUCCUAUGUUGAGAAAUUAGUUUGCCCAUCCUUUCAAAUUUGAAAAAGACACGACUAAAAGUACAAACUCUUCAAAUAUACAUGGGAAAUUGGGGAAAUGGGAGUAGAUCUUAGAUUUUAGUUGAGUUACUUAUGCUUUUUCAAGUCCUACAUCAAUGAAGUAUAUUCUAUAUAAUUUUAUUAUUUAUUUUUGUGAUUUUAUAUUUAUUUUAUUAAUUCGAUGGAUCCAGAUGACUUGAAAAGUUGGAUAUUUGAAUAACAUUACACAGGGUGGUUCAAAAAAACCUAACCCCCUUGCUAGGGUAGGUAGAACAUUGCAAAAUAAGUUGGGUUUGCUCAGUAAAAAAUGACGUAACGCCAUCCGUUUUCAAGAUACAAGGUGUUGAAGCAAUAUUUUUUUUUACACAGUUUUGACGAUUAUGUUGAGAAUACUGACACCUUCGUGAUGAAAUUUUGUAUGGAUGUUUCUUAAAAUCUGACACAUCGCAUGCAUUUGUUUUUAUAUCUGACUCUCAUAGAGGGCGCUAGUUACACGGUUCGUACCGAGUAGUUUUGAACAGAACUUUUUUGAGGUUAGAUUUUUCAAUCCAAAUUAUAUGUGGACUUGAACAUCAUUCAAUUUCACACCAAAAAGGUAGUCUUGGUAAAACUCGAUACUGUGUUCCGUUUUCGGAAUAUUUCGAUUUGAAAAUGAUGAAGUGGUAACUGUUGCUGGUAUAAAGCUAUGUAUUAGAGUGAGUAUUAUGAAAAAUUAUCACCUAUUUAUUGAAAAUCGAAAACAACAAUACAUUUCUGAUACAAAACUCAUUGAUUUAACAAUGAAUCCCAAGAAUAACAUCGAAAUAGAUUUGACUAAGAACAUGGAUUACACAGUUUUGUUGUAUCUUGAGCAGAAAGUCUAUGCUACAUAGGUAAAUUCACGUCAAGAGUUGUGAGACAUAAUUGAAUAUCACUUAAAUGACCUAACAGCUGAUCCUCAACUGUUCAGAAGAAUAAUUCAUUCUUAAAAAAAGAAUAUUGAAUCGUGAAUUCCUCGAAACGUAGGACAUUUUGAACACUUACUCUAACUGAUUCAAUAUUUCAUGUUUCUAGUCAAAUAUCUCUCAAUUUUCUACUUAUGAUUCUUUGUUCCAUCAAUAACUUCAGCACAAGAAUAAUUUCAUUGUUUUUGAACCUGAAUAAAUAGGUAAUUGAACUCAAUAAAAUUCAUUUUAUACCAGCAUCAUUACUCCAUUAUUUUCAAAUCGAAAUAUUCCGAAAACGGAACAUAGUAUCGAGUUUCACCAGGAGUACCUUUUUGGUGUAAAACUGAAUGAUGUUCAAGUUCAUAUCAUAUUUGGAUUGAAAAAUCUAACCUCAAAAAAGUUAUGUUCAAAACUACUCGGUACGAACCGUGUAACUAGCGCCCUCUAUGAGAGUCAGAUAUAAAAACAAAUUCAUGCGAUGUGUCAGAUUUCAAGAAACAUCCAUACAAAAUUGCCAGUAGUUUCGGAAUAAUCGUGAAAAAUGUGUCAAAAAAUAAUUUUUUCAACACCGUGUAUCAUGAAAACGGAUGCCGUUACGACAUUUUUUCACUGAGCAAACCCAACUUAUUUUGCAAUGUUCUACCUACCCUAGCAAGAGGGUUAGGUUCUUUUGAAACACCCUGUAUAGUCUAUCCAAAGUCAAUUGCAGCAUCUUGCAAGUGCGGACUUUUUUUGCUCGAGGCGCACUAAUUGCCUUUGGAUAAACUAUACCUAAAAAAUUUUCACCACUUAGUGAUAUAUUUUUAAGAGAACUAUUGUAAUUUCACUGUAGAUGGUCCCUUGGUGCCAAUUCAAGUGAAAGAAAAGGGUUGAAAAUGGUAUCUGUGGUAGGUAGGUACCCUAUGUGGAUUUAGUAUUAGUGAUUUUAGUUUAACAAAGGGACGAUAUACAGGGUGGCUGUUUUUGAUUGCAAAAAAAUCAAGAAUCACUUGCAGAUGCAGUGAAAUAUUUUUUCUAUAUUCCUUAGAAGAUCGAAAUAUCUUGCUAUUCGAAUCAACUAAUGAAAACGUGUCAAUGAAAUUUUGUAGGAUUGUUAUAUCAGAACGCAGUGUCUUCUCUGGUUCAUUUUAUAAGUUUUAUUGGUGCCUAGUUUUGAAAAAUUGAUGAACCAAUUUUUGCUACACUGUAUAUGUUUGUAGUUUGACAUUUUAGAUAGGUACGUCAUACUAGAGCAGAUGUUGCGGAGAAAAUUCGGUUCCAAUAUCAGAAGAGGGUUAUAGUAACGCGUUUUAGCGUUGAAAUAUUAGGUCAUCGUAAAUUGUUGUGAUAUUAUUAUAAUAUACUGUAAAACAUUUAGCUCUAAGGAUGAGUUCGAACACCUGUAAUAGGUAUAGUAGGGACUUUUUUCAGCAUUGCUGAAUGUUGGAAAAUCAAAUUCAAUUAACUGUAAAAUUAAUAUUCCACUUCAUGCAUAUUCCAUGAAACAAAUAAAUGUGUCUUUAGAUUUACCAUCUGUUAUUUUUAUUUGUUUGUGAAUGCAUAUUAGAUCAUUUCUGUUGCAUCCUCCGAGAAUUUGUUUUCUAAGACCAAAUGAAAAUUCAAGGUCUUUCGUGGAGAAAGAGAUAUACGGCAACAGUAGAUAGAGAUCAAUGAGGUGAUUCUCAAUUUAGGUAGGUACAGGGUGAUUCACCAUAAAUGUCCCCCUCUCUAGCUCAGUUAAUUUUGAACCGAUUUCAAAAUUUGAAAUAUCAUUUUGAAUGAUUUUCGAUAGUUUUUUCCGCUACAUCAGAAAAUACAGGGUGCUCGGAACAAACGAUCUACAGGGUACUAUUUGAUUUUUUUAUAUGGAACACCCUAUUUUUCAUUGUAUUUUUAGAUUCUCCCUGAAGAGUUGAUUUGGUCAAUGCAUCACACUUGGGGUCUAGCGGGAAUGAUUACAGAGAUAUAGGGUGUUCAAAAUCGAGAUUUUUCAACUUUAGGAUUUUUUUGAGACGAAACUAUUCAUCAUUGGUCAAAACGGCUUUCAUGUCCAUGUCUUAACUUUUGAUUUACUAUAAAUUGACAUUUAAUAAUUGGAACAGAUACAGGGUGACCAGAAUUCUGAAUCUUGAACCACCCUGUAAGCCUUCCAAUUAAAUGUCAGUAGAGAGUAAAUCAAAAGUUGAGAUGGAAACAUUGGAGCCGUUUUGACCAAUAAUGAAUAGUUUCGAGACAAAAAAAUCCUAAACUUGAAAAAUCUCGAUUUUGAACACCCUAUAUCUCUGUAAUCAUUCCCGCUAGACCCCAAGUGUGAUACAUUGAUGAAAUCAGCUCUUCAGGAAGAAUCUAAAAAUACAAUGAUAUACAGGGUGUUUCAUUUGAAAAAAUCAAGUAGUACUCUGUAGAUCAUUUGUUCCGAGCACUCUGUAUUUUCUGAUGCAACGGGAAAAAAAAUUCUGAAAAAUCAUUUUAGAUUAUUUUUCAAAGUUUCAAAUCGGUUCAAAAAUAAGUGAGCAGUGGGGGGGACAUUUAUGGUGAAUCAGCCUGUACCAUAUAAAUAUUAAAAAUAAAAACUAUAAACGAGAAAAUUCGACUCCACUACUUGAUUUUGCAUCUUUCGAUACGGUUAAUCACUAGAAUUCAUCAAAUAAAUUUGAUUGACAACUUUAAUUUUCGUUACAUAGAAUUUUUGAUGGAUAUUUUAGACAAAUUCGAAGAAACGGCAACAUUGUAAGCACAAAUGUUAUGAAUGGUUAUGACUUUGUUGCCAAUCACAAUUUUUCAAUGAAAUUGUACUAUUGACCUAAAUGAUGGAUGCUGAAACCAGUUGUAGUCGAAUUUUCUUGAAAAAUAAUCUUGAAAUCGAUAAUGAUAUUUUACCAUUUUCAACAUGAAAAAAAACACUACACUGCCCUGAAAAUCGGAAUUAUAUUUUGCAAAUUUGUUUGAACUUAGACUUUUUGAUACUCUUUCUGCUGCAAUAACAAAGAAAUUCAUCGGUUGAAAACUGUAGAUUUUAUAGUGUAUGUUCCUUUCCCAAAGAAACAUCCUGUAUAACAUUGAGUAAAAACAAAAGGUGAACAAAAUACUUUACGAGAGAAUGUAACAACGUAAUGAGAGGAUGCCACGCAUAUAUAUUUGUAUUACAUUAUAGGAUAUUCUCGCUGAAAUUAAUAAUUAUCAAUGAAACAUAUUCGUUUUUUAUUUACUAAAUAGAAACUCCAAAGUGACAAAAAAUACAUAAACAACAAUUGUCAUUAUCUUCAUAAAAUCUUGUGUGAUUCUAACAAAUAAAUAAAUACCUAGAGUGGUGUAUAAACAGAAAAAUAUUAAAAAUGUCAUAACAAUAUCACAAGUAAUGAGAGAAUGAUUCCGAAAAUAACAUAUGAGGAUUAAAGUCCAAGAAAAAAUUAGGCAACGUUACCUGAUAAAUUGAUUUUUUUCAAAGUCUUCAAUAACUUGAAGUAGUCUCUGUUUCGUUUUUUUAUUAUUCUGACAGGCACAACUCACCAAACCAUAAAGGU